AUGGAUAAGCAGUGCAGUCGCAGACGCUUUGCUCAUAUACGGAUCUUCAAAAGCAUCAGAAACGCGUGGCAACAGACAAUUGGAGCAGAGACCAUAAGAGAGAUUCUGGAUCCACAACUGAACAAUGUGUACAACGCUGAUGAGGCUCUGUGCAUGUGGCGUGUUGCACUGGACUGUGUAAAUCACAUAGCAAAGAAACGACCAACAAUUGAUAAGGUUGCCAAGCUACUCCAAGAUGCGAGAAAAGAGGAACACAUGUUGCAUGGAACAGAUUCAGCAUCAGUUACUGGUAGGUCUGGAGGCGCUGUUGAAAUAGCUGUCAGCAGCAGUCUGGCAGUAUCAUUCUCUGGACCGUUGAGCGGUGGAGAGGAGUCUACACUCUCUUCAACAUUUCAGAAUGUUGCCAAAAGCCCUUCCAUACGGCAUGGUGACUCAAGCCCGAGCAUGCAUGAUGAGCCUGAAGUUGCAGAUGAGGUUGAGUGGAGCCACCGGCUGGACAUGCUGAAGCAAGCAAAUGCAGCCAUUAGUCCUACCACGGAGUGGCCGCGUGUGGAGGUGCAGAGUGGUAUUGUCUCUGAGAAUGAGACUGUUGAGUGGAGCAGUCGAUUGGAGAGGCUGAGAAAAGAGGCUCACUAG